CCGGCCUAAAUUAAUCCAAGUGAACUUCGUCGUUUUGUAAUACCUGAUUUGUUUCUCUGUGAAACUUUAUUUAUUUUUUAGAUGGCUAAAGGAGGAAUUUGCAAAGUAAAGAGUUGCCAAAAAUAUGGGAGUUAUCUCAAACGACUAGAUGUACAUCUAAAAAGAAUUCACCCAACUUUAUCAGCAAAAAUGCACAGAUAUUUACCUUUGCCACCUACAAUGACUGGUACACCAAAUCAUAUGAAAUACCGAAAGAAGGAGACUUGUAAACUAUGUCAAAAAACACUGUUAUUGUUACCACAUCUGAAGAGGUGUCAUAAAAUAUAUUCAAUGGAGGAUUACAACAAACUACCAUGUGCUAAAAAAUGCAAAUCAGAUAGCAAGGUAACUAAAAAGAAAAUAAUCAAAGAAAACCCCCUCACUCCAGCAAUACUACCUCAUGUGAAUACAGAAAAUUCCAAUAAAAUGCAAAGAAGACUGGGUAAAGCAUGGCAACAUUUGAAGGGUGAGACCUCACUAAGGGAUAAACAUGUCAUAAUGGGAAAACAAACCACAAGUGAGCAAUAUUGUUGUACUGGUGGUGGAGUUCUGCCUAAAUUGAAGUCAAAGCUAAAAAGAAAUGAGACAUCCUAUAGCAAAAAAGAAAUGCACUCUUUAAAAGAAAUGGUUAGAUACUUUGUCCAUAAAAUGUACCCUUACCAAGUUAUAGCAUUGGGAUUGGUGGCAAGAAAGAAUGGUUACAAAAGUAAAUCUACUAUUGCUUCUUAUAUGCAUAAGACAUGCAUGAAUAAUAUAGACAUAGAUGACUGCAAGCUUGCAAUUGACUACCUGCAAUAUCUUUGUCCCUAUUUUCGCUUUUGUGCAUUGUUCAAUUAUCCUAAGUUUAAAUGCAUUUGCAAUGGUGGUAGUUCAUGCAAACCUCUCCCUAAAGACUUCAGGCUUUAUUGCAAAAGAACAUGUGCAAAUUCUAUGAACUGUGGAUGUAAAUUAUUGGACAAUUCCGCACAUGCAUGCAUUGACUUUUUCUCUUGUAAAGUAUGUGACAGAUACUACAAAAGUACGGCAAAAGAAAGUUUUGUGAAACUUUAAGCUAAUAACUUAAUAACAAUAGAGAUGUUAUGUUCGUAUAUUGUACUAUAUUUGUCCCUGUUUGCCACGAUCAAACACUGUCUUUCAUGAAAAUGUGUAUUGCAGACAUCAUUUAUUGUGAAGGCAAAACUUCGAUAAUGGUAUCGUUGAAA